AUGGAUGUUCAAAAGAGGCUCUUAGAAUUCAUGCUUGCUGCCUUUCAUCGAUCUCCCAAUUUCAUUGCACUUCUGAAGAAGCCUAUAGUGGACAGACUUGGAGAAGCUUAUGACAGCCCUGCAAAGACCGAGUUGGCAUUACAAUUAUGUUGGGCCAUUGGGGAGCAUGGAGGGGGUGGUGGAUCUCAUAAAGAUGCAGCUCGUGAACUUUUUGAGAGUUUGGAACUACUUUUAUAUGAAAACCUUUCAUCAAGUCGUUUGGGUCUAAGAGAUUCAGCUCUUGGCUCUGUUAGUUCAACCUUCAGAAAAUCAUCACAGUCCAGACUGUUAUGUUUUGUUGUGACCGCAAUCGCAAAGCUUGCCACUUACCAUCGUGAACUACAACCAAGGGCACGAGUAUCUUUGGCAAAGGUGGCCCGUUCUCGUAUCUCAGAUGUGAGGGUCUGGAGACGUGCACGUGAUUAUUUGGGCUUAAUGAAUGAGCCUGCAAUAUGUUCGUCUGUCUUAGGUCCUUCAAGACCUUCAAGUGAAUACAUGCCUCCAGGCAGUGUCAGGUGGAUCGAGGGCGGCUCAAAAAUGAUUGCACAUGUUCCAUUUUACAUUCUAAGUGAACAAGAAGGUCCUCCAUUUCAUGAUUUUUCAUUUUCGGAUAUCCUUCCUGGAAAAUGAGGCUUUCUAUUCCAAGGGAAGAUUCGCUGGACAAUGUUGUUCAGUUGGGGUUUAUUUUUUUUGAAAAUUUGAUUUGUAGUUCAAUGUGAACUAAACAACAUAUUUAUUAGAUUUAGCAAGAGGUGGAAAAAAUGAACUCAUUAGAAAGAAGAGUUGCCAUGAAAAAAUAUAUGACAAAAUAAUUUUGUAAUGGUGUUAAUUUAAGUUCAUAAGGAUUUUCAGAUUGUAUUAAUGUGAUAUAAUUUUUUCAUUUCAAUCCUUGCACUUCUUUUUUGUAAGACAUUCUAGAAUGACCUAUUUGCUUGACAAUUUUUUAGUAUUAAGAGU